UCCAACGGUGCGAAAACAAGGGCUGGCCUACUACUCAAAAACACUCUCUCUCCCUCCGUGUUUCUCUUCCGCUCGGGUCGGAUUUCAGCGGUCAUAAAAAACGAAGAGCCAAACAACCCUACUCCUUCGAUUUGAAAAAAAAAGAAGGAAGAAGAAGAAAUAAUGGCUUUCAGUUAUCGUCUCUUAUCCAGAUCCAAACAGUUGUAUGGAAGUCAAGCCAUUUUGAAUCAGCAACUUGCUUUUCCAGUUCGUUAUUAUGCAAAAGAGGCGGCUCCCGAUGGGUUUAAGGGAGAUGAGAUGUUGAAGGACAUCUUUCGGGACCUCAAGAAAAAAUUUGAUACAGCCAUUGGGGUUUUUCGGAAGGAAAAGAUCAUCAUUGAUCCCGAGGAUCCAGCUGCUGUGUCUCAUUAUAUGAAGGUCAUGAAGACAGCUAGAGAGAAGGCUGGCUUGUUAUCGGAAUCACAAAGGAUCCAGUAUACUAUCGAAGAAGAAACAAAAGAUAUUCCAGAUGCUCGAACAUAUUUUUUGCAAUUGCAGGAAAUAAGAAUCAAGAGAGAUCUCCCUGAUGAGCUUGGUGUAGAGGCUAUGAUGAUGGAUGCAUUGGAUAAAGUUGAAAAGGAAAUUAAGAAACCUCUGAUGAGGAACGAUAAGAAAGGAAUGGCACUUCUUAUGGCUGAAUUUGAUAAGAUUAAUACGAAGCUUGGAGUUCGGAGGGAAGAUCUGCCAAAAUAUGAAGAGGAUUUGGAACUUAAAAUCGCUAAAGCUCAAUUGGAGGAGCUGAAGAAGGAUGCUGUUGAGGCUAUGGAAACACAAAGGAAGAGGGAGGAAUUUAAGGAUGAGAAACCGGUCGAUGUGAGGUCUUUGGACAUCCGGAACUUUCUCUGAAUCUUGCAUGGCUUGUUAAUUGUUUGACUUGAAUUUGAACUUUGUUGAGGCGCAAGACCUGGAAUGCGGGAAAUAACCAUCUGUUUUGCUUUGAUAAAUAAAACGGUUUUGAAUCACAGCUAUGGCAAAUGAGUAGAUAUUAUGCCAUCUUUUGUUAAUUCAACUCAAUAGCGAGAAGGGAACUGGUGUUAUGUUGUCACAUGUCUUGGAAUGAAUUUGUCUUAGAAA